CUUCCCUGCUUCUGCUCCCAUCGCUUUCCCCUCCGCAUCCACAUCGCCUCAUUCCACUCCAGAUGCGACUCCACCACCGCCUCCUCCUCCUCCUCCUCCCCUAGCUCGCUUGCGCCCCGCCGCCAGGCGGCCCCCUAAAUGGCGAGCGUGUCGGAGGACGACGCCGCCUCGGAGCGGUGCAGCGGCAGCUACAGCCCCAGCGCCGACGUCAGCGGCUCCGAGACCUCCAGCGACUGCUCAGCGCCCACCACGACAACCCGCCGCUUCCCCUUCUCUUCCUCCUCCGCCUCCGCGUCCCGCGGCCUCGCGUCGUCCUCCACCUCCACCUCCCAGCUCCCCACCCCCUCCGCUGCAUUCUACCUCUCCAAGCCGGCCUCCGACCUCUCCGAGAUCGACAUGAUGAAGGAGCGAUUCGCCAAGCUUCUCCUCGGCGAGGACAUGUCCGGCAGCGGCAAGGGCGUCUGCACCGCCCUCGCCAUCUCCAACGCCAUCACCAACCUCUCAGCGACCGUGUUCGGUGAGCUGUGGAGGCUGGAGCCGCUGGCCCCGGCCAGGAAGGCAAUGUGGACGCGGGAGAUGGAGUGGUUGCUCUCCGUUGCCGACUCCAUUGUAGAGCUCACCCCGUCGAUCCAGGAGCUCCCUGACGGCGGCGGACAGUUUGAGGUUAUGGUGCCGCGGCCACGGAGUGACCUCUACAUGAACCUCCCGGCGCUUAAGAAGCUUGAUGCCAUGCUCCUCGCGAUGACCGAUGAGUUCAAGGAGACUGAAUUCUGGUAUGUUGAUAGGGGGAUUGUGGUUGAGGACAGUGGUGGACCGUUCCCAUCAUCGUCGUCCUCGUCUUCUUGUGGGCGGCCUUCGUCGGUGCGGCAGGAGGAAAAGUGGUGGCUGCCAUGCCCACGAGUGCCGCCCAAGGGGCUGCCUGAGGAUGCCAGGAGGAAGCUGCAGCAGAGCAGGGAUUGUGCAAACCAGAUACUAAAGGCAGCCAUGGCGAUUAACAGUGAUGUGCUUGCUGAGAUGGAGAUCCCGGAAGCAUACUUGGAGACAUUGCCAAAGAGUGGUCGAUCUUGCUUGGGUGAGAUAAUUUAUCGAUACAUAACUGCUGAACAAUUCUCACCCGAAUGCCUCCUCGAUUGCUUGGAUCUGUCAUCUGAGCACCAUACGCUCGAAGUAGCAAACAGAAUAGAGGCUGCGAUCCAUGUUUGGAGACUAAAAGGCCAAAAGAAAUCUUCACCUCAAGCAAAAUCAAAGAAAUCUUGGGGUGGAAAAGUGAAGGGUCUUGUUGGAGAUACAAAGAGUGAUGUUUUGUCCCAAAGAGCUGAUGGUCUGUUGCAGAGCUUAAGGUUGCGACACCCUGGUUUGCCACAAACUUCCCUUGACAUGAACAAGAUCCAGUAUAACAAGGAUGUUGGCCAGUCCAUACUUGAAAGUUACUCAAGGGUUCUGGAGAGCUUGGCAUUUAACACAAUCGCGAGGAUCGACGAUGUGAUUUAUGUGGACGAUGCCACAAAGAAGUCUGCUGCUGCGGAGUCUGUUUCAAUCUUCAAUCGUGGCGUAGGCAUACCUGUCCAGAAGAAAAUCUCUCCAAGCCCAUUCUCAAUUCAGCACACACCAUAUGCCUCUCCUUUUGCUACACCCACUUUCUGCUCCUCCACUCCAGUUACUGGCAGCCCCAGAAGAGCACAGCCUCCACUAAACAAAAUCAAUUUGCAAGGAAAACAGGAAGUUAAAGUUGAGAAGCUCUUUUCUGGUGAUCUAGAGAAGGUCUGGACUUACGCCGGAAACCUGAGCGCUAGGAAAGAGGCAGGAGACGCUCCUGAAAGGGAUUGAAGGGUACUGAAGCAAGUUCUGAUUUUCGGCAUGCCUCAGCAAGGUCAACAGGUAUCAACAGAUCCUAAUCUGGUCGGUAGAGCUAGAUUCCCCCUGUACAGAAGCAACAUCAUUUUUUUUUGUGCUUCCUUAGCCUGAUCCAAGGAUUGUGUACCCUACUCACAAGUAAUGGAGUAACACUUAUGGCAUCCGAACAGCUCCUAGUUUCGUCUGGCUGCCUCUGUCAGCUGUGUUCCCUUGUCCAUGUCUAUACUAGGAUGUUGAGCUCAGCAGCAAGCCAGCAAGUGAUUGAACUCCGCUGCUGCUCUUUUUUUGUGUCCCUGAGGAAGCCACCAUUGGUGUUACAAUCAACUGCGCCUGCAGUGGGAUGUUGUACGGUGGCCAUGGAUUCUGAUGUCUGAUAGCUGUCUGUACAUUCACCUAAUGAAUUGAUCUAACGCUAGCUCUUCAAGUUUUUGCCUAGUAUUGUCAAGUGUGUUUAUGACAA